GGGUUGCGUCACAGUUUCGACGGAAUACCUAUCAUACUUUUCUACAGGAGCAGUCGGUCGGUGCGGAAGGGCGUAGGGUUCUUGUUCGUCGAAAGAAUAUAUUUCAAACCGAGUGGGCCAACGUGUCAACAAUUACUGAAUUGCACUUUGAUUGCUGAAAUAAGCGAAUCGUUUUUUUAUUUCCGAAAUCGGACACAUCGCUGGCUUUUAAAACAAAGGCUUCAGGUGUUGGGGCCGACAUGUUUGUCAGCGGCUUGGUUUCGGUGUUUUUAUUCUUUCAUGCAACAGGUGUAGAGGCCUUCAUGGUUACAACCAAAAAUCCAAAUGUGAGGGCUAAAGAGAAUGAGGGGGCUGAUCUUUACUGUACUCCCUCGGCUGACUUUGGGGCAGAUGCCAGAGUGGAGUGGAAGUUUAGGGACAUGAAGGGUUCUACGACCUAUGUCAUUUUCGAUGGGAAACCCACCACACUUUAUGAGGGCCGUGUCACCAAGUUUGAUGGGAUGCUGAGGUUCAGCAAGGUGACGCGCAAAGAUAACGGGCAGUAUCAAUGUGAGGUGUCGAACAAACAGUAUGUUGGGGAUGUCAACGUGAAUCUCACUGUUUUAGUACCUCCAUCCGUGCCCAUGUGUAGGAUCCCUACCUCUGUGACGACGGGGCAUCGCGUGCUACUGUCCUGUCAUGAUGCAGAGGGGUCUCCUUCCCCCACCUACAAGUGGUAUAAGGACAAGACCCCUCUUCCUGAGAACCCCAGCCAGUUCCCUGCCUUCAAGAACUACACCUACAAGAUCAAUCCUCUCAAUGGCAACCUGGAGUUUCCCUCUGCUUUGGUGAUAGAUACAGGAGACUACAGCUGUGAAGCUAUGAACGAUGCCGGCCCUGUUCAACGCUGUCAAGCUGUGAGGAUGGAAGUCCGCAACAUAAACACUGGAGGUAUUGUUGCUGGGGUGAUCGUGGCGCUCCUGGCCCUGGCCCUGCUGUGCUUCGGACUGUGGUACGCCCACCGCAAAGGAUACAUGCCCAAAAAGAGUGAAAGCAAACCCAAACCCUCAGUGGUCUACCAGCCAUCAUCGGAGUCCGGCGAUGAAGAAGAUGGGGAAUUCCGACAGAAGUCUUCUUUCGUGGUAUAGCCAGGGCGUGCAAUACAUGUCCCGGAUAUACCCAGGAGUCUACAGCAACUAGUGACUAUGGGUGCGUCCCAAUAACAUCUCCCCUUUCUCCUGAAGUGUGCUGUCGUUCACUCCUUCCUACACAUCUCAAAGCAUUGGGUUGUUGGAUGCAUGGGUUAGUGGGUGUUUCCACCGUAUUUCUUAUACCAGUCAUUUUCUUUCAAAUCAGGGAAGUGAACAAGUGCACACUUUGGGGGUAGAAGAGAUAAUUGGGACAUAGCCUAAAUAUGACAAUACCACUGCCCCUUAUACCUGCUCACUUUGGAUAGGUGUGAAUUGGUGUGGUUUGAUUUUUAACAUUUUUAUUCCAUAUGUUUCUAAAAACAACAUGAAUUUGGCAGUUACCUACAACUGUACUGUUUUGUGGUGACUGUAUAGAUUUGAAAAAAUACUUCCGCUUAUACUUCAUAUUUUUCAAGUGCCUCCGUUCUGUGAAAGAAAUCUCACAUUCAAGGAAAUGUAAUGGGGGGGGGGGGGACUGGAAAUGAAUUUAUGAAAUCUUAAAGAACACUGGCCAAUCCUUUUCUAAUCCUAUUACUACAUGCCUUGCUUUCUUUUAUGGCUUUUCCCAAAUUGCAAAAUAUUCCCUACAGAGUGCGCUACUUUGGACCAGGGCUCAUACAGUAGUGUAUUGUGUAGGGUAUUUGGUGCAGUUGUGGUACACAUGCCUUGUGUGUUACGUCUACUCUAAAUCCAUGCUUUCAGUGAGUUGUAAUGUGAAAUGUUUUGUUUACGAUAGAUACAGACAUUUGUUUGGCAUUGUGUUAGUAUUAGAAUCAAACUCCAUUGUGUUGUUAUUGCAUCUGCUUGUUGUGAUGUUGCUGGUCCCAGAUCUGUUUGUGCUGUCAUGACAACUCAUGAGGAGUUGUCAAGACACCAGGAACAGACUGGCAACCAGGCUUGUGGAGCUGUACAUGGUCUCUUUCUUUGUAAGUUUGAUCAGGUUGAGCAUUCCAAAGAAAUGAUAUUGUGCUCACAGAAAAAUCACACAAGGUGAUGAAUUCGAGUCAGGUUUAAGCAAUAUACAGUACCAGUCAAAAGUUUGGACACCACUCAUUCAAGGGUUUUUCUUUAUUUGUACUGUUUUCUACAUUGUAGAGUAAUAGUGACGACAUCAAAACUAUGAAAUAACACAUGGAAUCAUGUAGUAACCAAAAAAUGUUUAAACAAAUCAAAAUAUAUUUUAUAAUUGAGAUUCUUCAAAGUAGCCACCCUUUGCUUUGAUGACAGCCUUGCACACGCUUGGCAUUCUCUCAACCAGCUUCACCUGGAGUGAUUUUCCAACAGUCUUGAAGGAGUUCCCACAUAUACUGUGCACUUGUUGGCGGCUUUUCCUUCACUCUGCGGUCCAACUCAUCCCAAACAAUCUCAAUUGGGUUAAAGUCGGGUGAUUGUGGAGGCCAGGUCAUCUGAUGCAGCACUCACCACUCUCCUUCUUGGUCAAGAGCCCUUACACAUCCUGGAGGUGUGAUGGGUCAUUGUCCUGUUGAAAAACAAAUGAUAGUCCCACUAAGCGCAAACCAGAUGGGUUGGCGUAUGGCUGCUGAAUGCUGUGGUAGCCAUGUUGGUUAAGUGUGCCUUGAAUUCUAAAUAAAUCACAGUGUCACCAGCAAAGCACCAUCACAAUGGUGGGAGCCACACAUGUGGAGAUCAUUUGUUCACCUAAUCUGCGUCUCACAAAGAUAAAGUGGUUGGAAAAAAUAUCUCAAUUUCCUUUCCUGAGGAAGACCCUAAGACCCUUCAUGAGAGGCAGUUUCAUCAUAGUGAUGGUUUUUGCGACUGCACUUGAAGAAACGUUCUUAUUCCGCAUUGAAUUACUUUCAUGUCUUAAAGGAAUGAUGGACUUCUCUGCUUAUUUGAGCUGUUCUUGCCAUAAUAUGGACUUUUCCAAAUAGGGCUAUCGUCUGUAUACCACCCCUACCUUGUCACAACACAACUGAUUGGCUCUAAUGCAUUAAUUAAGGAAAGAAAUUCCACAAAUUAAUUUUUAACAAGGUUCAAAAUUAAGUGAAAUGCCUUCCAGGUGACCAACUCAUGAAUCUGGUUGAGAGAAUGCCAAUAGUGUGCAAAGGGUACAAAUAUAGCACUUAUUUGGUUACUACAUGAUUCCAUAUGUGUUAUUUGAUAGUUCUCUUCACUAUUAUUCUACAAUGUAGAAAAUAGUUUUAAAAAAUAAAGAAAAACCUUGGAAUGAGUAGUUGUCAACUUUUGACUGGUACUGUAUAUUUUUGAGAAUUUUAAGAUUGACACUUUACUUCAUUUGUAGAUUAGCAUAAUGCUUACAUGGGGGACAUUGUCUCUGAAGGACUCAUUUUGUAAUAAAAUUGCGCUUUCCAUAUAUUGACUGCAUAAUAUUAUUUAAUAAUAAAAUGUUAUUUGUUGAUAACA